CUUCAAGGAGUCAACCCCGUACAGUGCGAGCGAGAGAAUUCUCCAGAUCAUAUCAACACCCAACAUGGUGUUCUCUCUUAAAGAAAGAGAGGUCGCUUCGUCGAGUUCAAACAAGCCUCCGGUCGAUGUCACAGCCAUAGUCAAGGGGGUGAUUGACGAGAUUCGCACACGAGGUGACCAAGCUGUGCGCAAAUAUUCCGAGAAGUUCGAUAAAUGGUCUCCAGAGAGCUUCAAGCUCUCCCAGUCGGACAUUGACGCUGCGAUAGCUGCAUGUUCAGAGCAGACAAUCCAAGACAUCAAGGAGGUUCAGUCAAAUGUCCGGGCAUUUGCAAUAGCCCAGCGGAAUUCCCUGAAGGACUUCGAAGUCGAGAUUAGACCUGGAAUCCAUCUAGGACAGAAGAGCAUUCCAAUCAAUAGGGUGGGAGCCUACAUUCCUGGGGGGCGUUAUCCUCUUUUGGCAUCGGCCCAUAUGACAAUCCUCACAGCCAAAGUGGCGGGCGUCAAACAUGUGGUGAGCUGCACUCCUCCUAUAGCCGGAAAGAUGCCGAAUGCGACUGUUGCGGCAAUGCAUCUCGCUGGUGCGGACGAAAUCUUUCUUCUGGGUGGCGUUCAGGCUGUGGCGGCUAUGGCUGUCGGUACCGAAAGCAUUCCAAAGGUGGACUUUCUCGCCGGGCCCGGAAACGCCUUUGUGGCGGAAGGGAAGCGGCAGCUCUUUGGCGAGGUCGGCAUUGACCUUUUCGCCGGCCCUACAGAGAUCUUGAUUAUUGCAGACCAACAUGCAGACCCCUUCACAAUUGCGACGGACCUCAUCUCCCAAGCCGAGCACGGCCCGGAUACUCCAUCAGUCCUCGUCACGACAUCCGCAGAAGUUGGUCGCAAGUCGCUUGAGAUCGUGAAACAGUUGUUGACGUCCUCGGAUCUGUCGACAGCCGCCGUUGCCACUUCUUCGUGGCAGGCAUUCGGAGAAGUCAUCGUGGUGGAUACCCUGGACGAGGCGUGGAAGCUAGGAGAUCGCAUCGCGAGCGAACAUGUCCAGAUCUUCACGCAGAAUCCACGAGAAGCCUUGGUAAAGAUGAGCAACUACGGAGCCUUGUUCUUAGGGGAACGGACGUGUGUGUCUUAUGGUGACAAGGUCAUCGGCACCAACCACGUUCUCCCGACGCGAACAACAGCACGGUAUACGGGAGGACUUUGGGUAGGGAAAUAUCUUCGAACUUGCACGUACCAAGAAGUCUCCUCGGAGCAGGCCAGCGGUGACUUGGGGAGACUGUGUGGGCGUGCCGCCCGUGCUGAAAACUUUGAAGGUCAUGCUCGUUCUGGCGAUCUUCGGGCGAGCAAAUAUCUGCAGGAUGAUUUCUCGUGGAUUGUGUCAAGCCAAGGCAGGCUAUAGUGAAUAUCGGUCGAAGGUUCUGAUAACAUAGUGUGGUUGAUGCCGGUCAAGUCUGG